CCAAUACAAUAACAAGCAACAACAAGAAUGCACAGCUAUUUCUCCUUCCCUCUUACUACUUCCUUCUUCUCCUGCCCAUGUGCAGUUUUGCACCCAUUAAACCACCAGUACCUCCCUCGUGUUUAGGGCCGUGCCGUUUCGAACGAAUACAGCCCUGCGCAAACGAAUACAGACGUGCGCGGCAGGUCAAUUCAUCCAUGCGUUAAUGCCCUAAAAUCAUGGUGGAGACGACCGUUUGCUUCAGGAACUCAGACCGUACCGUAACUUGGGCAACGACCAUUUCACAUUGUUUAGACGUCAAUAGGUCACACUAAGGUUGUGUAUAAGUACCAUAAUAAUGAUGAGUUCGAUGCUGUCGCUCCCUUUGCUCUCUCUCUCAGAUGACGGCAUAUCGACUUGUAUCCCGAUGCUCUGAAUGAGUGGGCUCAGCAACAGGUGGCCAGGCCAUGCUUGGAAAGGCUUGAACUCUCGACCCCUAUCUCGAAGCUCUACGGUCUACCGCCUUUCCCCUGAAUAGAAUGUGCACUCAUUAUACCUGCAUUUGGGGUCACUAUCAGUCUAGAUACGGCAAUAUUGGCCGUAUCUCCUAGUCGGGGGAUGACGGUAGAACCGUAGAACACAAGGAGAUGCCUCGUGGAUUGAACUUCAGAAAAGACGAUCCGGAGACAGCAAGCGGCGAACGCAAUUGACACAGGAGAACGUGCUCGCUCUCGACGGCAAGGGGUGGAUCAGAAAGGCACUUCGCAUGGAACUAGUAGAGAAUCGCCCGCAACUGUGUUGUGGCUUUCGCAGAUGAUCCGGACGUAGCCAAUCGCAAACAAUACUGACACAGAAGAACGCACUUGCCGGGACCCUCCAAAAGAUCAGGUAGUUGUCGUCAACAUGUACAGUCACAUAGAACUUGAGAAUCGGCCGUAGCUGCGUUGCCGCCUUUCAAUGACGACCCAGAGACAGCCAGUCACAAACAAUAUUAACACAGAAACGCCCCAUGCCUGGGCCCUCUUAAACCACCAGUACACGGCCCCAGCCUUGCAGAAAGAUUUCGUCGCCACAAGAAAGUCUCUGAGCAACUUUCGCAGCCGGCGCAGGCCAUCGAUGGAAAUCGUCAAUGGCCAGCGUCGUGCUUUCGGAGGCGGUGGAAGGACCGCGUCGGCCUCAGGUGCCCAUGUCCUGGUGGUUUAUAGGUCAAUAGCAAACGCAAUUGAUCACAGAAGAACACACUUAAAUCAUCCCGUGCCUGGGCCGUCUUGAAGGUCGGGUCGUCGUCGUCGACGUUGGCUGGAAAGGUACUUCACAUGGAGCUUGAUAGUCGCCUGUGGCUGUGUUGUGGCUUUCAACAACGACGAAGACGGAGAUCGCCAGUCACAAACAGUAUUGACAGAGAAGAACACACUUGAUCUCACUGAUGCAUCAUCCUGCAUACGAGACAUAAACGGCUGCUGAACCAUCCUGCAGCACGUGUCAACUGUGGCCUUCAAUCCUAAGCAUUCUUGCAGUCAGGUCGUCGUCACCCACAUUGGCGGCUGAGGUGCGUUUGAUGAUUGCUAGCUCGCCUCACACUUCCAAAGCCUUGAAGAUUCGCUACCUCCCAAAAUCCUCAUGGAGUUCGACGACCAGCAAAUUGAGUCCCAAUUACACAGUCUCUCCUUUCCGACAGUCGAUCAUGAUGCCGCAUUGCGCAAGCUGUCAUGACAAGUCAAACCAAUGUCUGGGACAAUCGCAGGCGUCAAGCAAGUAAUCCUUCAUGCAGUCAGUCCCGGGUCACUGAGAGAAGGGCGCUCCUGGAUCGGGGUAGCGCCAGCUGUGGAAAGUUUGGUAAGAGAGUGYUUAGUGGCGGCGGCUUYAGCAACGAUGGAGRGGGGCACGGAGAUGGAGGAACUGUCUGCGUGGACCACUGUGAUCAACUACAGACUACAGUUGGAGGAGAUGCAAAGGACGCUAUGCCAGGUGAAYGUGGAUCUGCAAUACGAGGUGCUGCUGGAGGGAGAAGAGACAUAUGAUGGGCUGGAUGAGGAGCUCUACGAACUGAUUCUCUCUCGACAGCGGGACGCGAGUGACAGAGCGMGGGCGAUCGCCGUCUUCUAURAYUGMGUUGACAUGRCACAGCGGAUAAAGGAUAAGUUYUCUGACCUCUUGGCGACGAGACAUGCGCGUGGUUUGCCARGCACUGASAUACAGACUGCWUCUACACCUCCAACAUCUUCUGCAAUAUCACCAACAAUACUAACCUCACCAUCUUCGACGACAUCGGAUUCGACAUCCACUACUACAUCAUCGAUGACGACAUCGGAUUCGACAUCCACUACAGUUAUAUCAUCGAUGGCGAUAUCGCCAUCUGCAGCAGCGAGGCCAGUGAAUACGACGAGCUCUGCUCAGCAAUGGGGGCUGCUUGAGCAGGCUGACGUGGCAAGGGGGCAGGACGAGGGGCUGCCCGCUGGGGCGGAUUGUGCAGAUCGUCUCUACUUGGACGCGCUCACAAGUUGCGGAGCCAGGGGCCUUGAGGAGGGGCAGGGCCUGUGCGCCGAGAUUGUUGAGCAGUUUUACAAGGAUGGCGAUGACGACACCGCUGUUGAUCUCACUGAUACCGACCUCGCUGCUGAGGAUGAGGUUACGAAUGUGAUGGCAGCUGCGACGGAAACAACGAUAACAACAACGUUAAUUACAUAAUAUGCAAACAUGAAACCUGUGAUGAGAUCAAACAAGGGGAGGGCACUGAUCCGACACGUGGCACGCCGACAGGAUAGGUCUUAAACUUGCUUAGUAAAUGUUAUAACUCCCU